UGGAGGCCGCGUCGAGGCCGCCGCCUGGGCCCAGGCAGCCGCUGCUGGGAGCGCCGAGCCGCAGCGCCUAGGCGGUGCCAGUCUCGGACCUGCUGGCCCCGACCCAGCCCAGCACUUCCCCGCCCCCCAGCUUUGCCCCAGGCCCGGGCCUCACGAGUUUCUUGGUUCAGGGACGCCUCUCGCGUGUGUCCCCAGCUCCCGCCCGCAGCCCAGCCGCCCGUCCCGGGCCGGCGGCCCCCUCCAGCCACCGCCGCCGCCGGCCCCGCCCCCGGGCACCAUGCUGCCCUCUCAGGAGGCCUCCAAGCUCUACCACGAGCACUACAUGCGGAACUCGCGGGCCAUCGGCGUGCUGUGGGCCAUCUUCACCAUCUGCUUCGCCAUCAUCAACGUGGUGGUCUUCAUCCAGCCCUACUGGGUGGGCGACAGCGUGAGCACCCCCAAGCCUGGCUACUUCGGCCUCUUCCACUACUGCGUGGGCAGCGGGCUAGCUGGCCGCGAGCUCACUUGCCGCGGCUCCUUCACCGACUUCAGCACCAUUCCGUCCGGCGCUUUCAAGGCGGCCGCCUUCUUCGUGCUGCUCUCCAUGGUGCUGAUCCUCGGCUGCAUCACCUGCUUUGCGCUUUUCUUCUUCUGCAACACGGCCACGGUCUACAAGAUCUGCGCCUGGAUGCAGCUUUUAGCAGCUCUGUGCCUUGUCCUGGGCUGCAUGAUCUUCCCUGACGGCUGGGACGCUGAGACCAUCCGGGAAAUGUGCGGGGCCAAGACGGGGAAAUACUCCUUGGGGGACUGUUCGGUGCGCUGGGCGUACAUCCUGGCCAUCAUCGGCAUCCUCAACGCCCUCAUCCUCUCCUUCCUCGCCUUCGUGCUGGGCAACCGGCAAACAGACCUGCUGCAGGAGGAGCUCAAGCAGGAGAACAAAGAUUUCGUGAGCUCUACAGUAAGCUCUGUGUUGCGGCCAGGGGGUGAUGUCUCCGGAUGGGGGGUCCUCCCAUGUCCUGUCGCUCACUCCCAGGGACCGUGA